AGAAACAUCCGUGAUUCUAUAAGCAGAAGAAGCACAAUGCAAUUUCAAACAGAGACAACCAAUCUUCGAAGUUUGUUUUGUAGUAUGAUCGGAUUGGUUUCAAUUUUUCUGUUUACAUUUUAGUCAUAGUCGGUGCUUGUUGUGUACGAGGUGCGCGUGUAUUUCAAAAGUUUCGAACUUUUUUAUAAUACGAAAAUAUGAAACAAUUGUAUGUGUUUUGAACUUUACAGAAUUUCAAUUGCUUCCAAACCCAGGAAUGUCUGGAGUCACUCUGGCGAGUGGUGGCCAUGCAACCACCUUGGGUGCCGGUAGCCCGGGGGCGUUAGAAUUGACAGACGCCUCUGGAGGCCGUGCUCUUAAACUCCAAACGGAUACUCCGCAUUUGGUCAGCAUAGGAGGAGAUCGUUUAAGUACAUCAGUCACUUUACAUCCCAUUCCACAAGGUCGUGUUACAGUUGGAAGCGGUUCCGGAGUUGAUAUCCCCAUCCAAGGCACAGGAGUACAAUCUCUACAUUGUCAUAUCGAAAACAGCGAGGGAAUCGUGACCAUAUACCCUUUAUCCGAAUAUCUUUCUAUUGAUGGGGUGAGGGUUACUACCCCUACGAGAUUAUCUCAAGGUUGUAUGCUUACAUUCGGAAGAUCUAAUUACAUGCGAUUCAAUCACCCAGCUGAAGCGAAACUUAUGAAAUCGGUGCUACCAAAUCCAAGAAUCUCGAUGGCUCCAAUUAAUUUUGAACCGGACAACUCAUUCAUGAGUAAAUUCAACAAGAAACCACCCGUGGCACCGAGGAAAAGUCCUAGAGAAUCUCUAUCGGAUAGCGGUAGCGAGGAACCUCCUUCCAGUAUAAUGACCAAAGUAUCUAAAUUCGAAUAUCUGGCAGCUCAAAAUUACAAGAAAUCUAUUUCGCCGAAAGUUUUUCCUUCAAAUGUGGCAACAGUAAACACUCCCGUCAAGGACGUCAUAGGUAGAGCCCCUCCGGAUCUAACUAGCUUCGCAAAAAAUUUACCCCAAAGCGCUCUAAAUUACGCGGAGCUCAACAGCAAUGAAAAACUUCAAUGCAAAAACCAUUCCCAACCGACGUUUUCGAAAAAAUCUCACCAAAGUCAAUACGUCAACGUCACCGUACACGAAACGAAAAACAUCAACAAUAGAGUCAUCAUAUUCGAAAACGGUUGCAUUCCCAAAAACCAAAGCGUCAAUUUCGACAACAAUGAUUUGAAUAAUAAAACUUCGGGUAGCAGUAAAAAUAUAAAUAUCAACAGAAUAGCGACUCCCUCUCCUAACUUCAAUAGAAAUCCCAAUUUUUUUAGAAGCGUCACCCCUAACCCCAUCCCCAAUGGACCUAAAUUUGAUCACAGGCGAAGCGGAUCGUUAGGAGAAUUGGCCGACUUUAACUAUGAAGGUUACGAGGAAAUGGAACGCAGGAAAUACGACGCGGAAAUAAAAAGGAACCAGGCGCAACAGGAUAGGAUCAAAGAACAGGAAAUAGAAAAGGCGGAACAACAAAGGUUGGAAGAAAUAUUAAAUAUGUGCGCGGAAUACGAGAAACAACAGUGUGAGAAAAGCAAACCGAUGACGCCUAAUAGGAUCAAGACUAACGGUUCCCUUCCAAGAGAUAAAAGAGGGCAAUAUGGUCCGCCGCCGUCUCCAAGUUAUAGUUCGACACCGCCUCCAUCUCCUUUAGACAUUCUUCAUAAUGAACUAAUCAAACAAUCUGGUAAAACCAAUUACGAAAACGUCAAUUUAACAUAUAGUCCUCCGAAUGGCGUCAACUAUGAAAAUGUCGACUUGAUGACGACAGACCAAGAAUUACGAGGUGUUGAGCGAAAAAGUCCUUACGAAAACGUUUACCUGCAACAUAAUCCUCCAGGGUCUUAUCCAACUUCGCCGAGAACAAGAAUCAAAACGUUUGUUACAUCAAAUAGAGACAAUACAAUAAAAGAGACCGGCGAAAUUAUCGACAACAAAUUCGCCAUCUUACAAGCAGAGCAAAUAUUACUGAGAGAAGCCGAGGAAAUUCUCAAACAAAAUCUACACAAUUCCAGGGAAUUUCCGCCGGAUCAUGAUAUCUUCGACUUCCCUAGUGAAAAAUCCACUCCGACGAAGUUCGUUUUUCCAAUAGAAAAUGUUUUGGAUAGUUCGAAAGAAGCUUCUUCUCCAGUUGAUAAUAAUUUACAAAUGGAUAAAGUGAUCGAUCAAAAUGGUACUAACGAAUUUAGCAAGAAAAAAUGUAGCGAUCACGAUCAAGAGGAUAGGAAAAGAUUCGAACAAUUGAGAAAAGAGAAGAAGGACAUUCUAUCGGUUAUGUCGAGAAUAAAAAGGCAGAUGGCAGAAAUCGAGACACAAGAAGAAGAAUUACAAAGAGAAACGGAAUUGGAAAAAGCUUUAAUAUCAGGAGAAUACAAAUCAAAAUUAUUGGAAUUGGAAAAAACCGAAACUAGAAAACAGAAACUUCAAAAACGAUCGCAGAAUAUAGAAGAAAACAUGAAAGACUGUCAAAGGAAACAAGAAGAAGACCAAAAGGAAUGCAAAGAAAAAUUAAAGAAAGCUCAAGACCAUAUGGACGCUGUAGACGAAAAACUACGUUCCACUCAAAAAUCUAGUCCGGAAUACGAAGAAAUUUUCGAAGAAUAUCUGCAAGCGCAAGAACAAUUAGAUAAUGAAAGAAAAACCUUCGAGGAUUUAGAAUUUCAUCAUUUAGAAGAAGAAGCCGAUUGGUUAGCUAGCAGGGAAGAGCUCCAAAGGGAAAUUUUAGAUCUAUCGAAACGAAUCGAAAAUUUGAAAAGUAAUAUUGAAGAUUUGGAACAACAAAAGAUGGAUACCUCGAGGACGAAUUCGAACGAAUUCAAAACAAUAGAUCGUCAAAAAACGGAAUGCAUGAUGAGAUUAGAAGAAAUCAGAAAUAGAUUAAAAAGUAUCGAUAACGAAUUACUUUUGUAUUCGUACGAAGAAUCCGAACAGGAAAUUUCGAGCGAUACCGAUAGCGAAAAAUCGAAAGACAUCGAAAAACGUUUAUCUUUCGGUAAAAUCACCGACAUGAGCUGCUCGAUCAUCGUCAGUAAUUCCAAAAUACCCGACAAAGACAUGUAUAAUAUGUCGCAAUCUUUUAACGAAAAAAUGUUUCAAGAAAAAUCGAUUCUUGAAGUCGGAAUGGAAAAAAAGUUUCCCAGUCAAGACGACAUAGAUAGAAUAAGCAGAGUAACUUCGGAUACGCCCAUCAUCGAAGAAGGAGGACAAGGUUCUCUAGGGAGGAAAACGAUUGAAUCUCUAAAGGAAAUCGAACGUAAUCGACACAUACAUCUGUGUCAACAAGGAUCACAAGUUAUAGAGCAAGAAAGACAAAGAGUCAAUGCUCUAAAACAGAGAGUACAAGAGGAAGUGAAGAGCAAAUGGGCGAAAAGGAUACAGGAUUGUAAUUCUUUGAAUUCUUCGGAGGAGUCGGAAGAAACUCAAAAUAGUUGUAUCGACGAUGAACAGAAAAACGAUUCCAAACAAUCAAUGGAUGACCAAAAUUCAAAAGAUUUGUCACGUGGUGAAUCGGAAAAUGCAGAAUCGCCGAGACCUCUGUCGGAAACCAGCGAAAUGAGCUUGGAAGUUGGUACUUUGAAUAGAAAAAGGAAACCAAUAAGUGAUAAACAACGACCACUGACGAGGUAUCUACCUAUAAGAGGUUCAGAUCUGGAUUUACGACAACAUAUAGAAUCCGCAGGUCACCAAGUAGUGCUGUGCCCCCAUGUGAUUAUAAAUUCUAGUAUUUGUAGGGGAUAUCUCCAUAAAAAAGGUUCUAAAUUGAAUGGUUGGUCCAGAAGAUGGUUCGUGUUCGACAGAAAUAAGCACACUUUCGCUUACUAUUCCGACAAAAGUGAAAAGAAACCCAGAGGUGGAGCUUAUUUCCAGGCUAUCGAAGAAGUUUAUCUCGACCACUUGAAUAGUGUAAAGUCCCCCAAUCCCCAUUUAACUUUUAUCGUAAAAACACACGAGCGCCUCUACUAUUUAAUGGCACCUUCUCCGGAAGCUAUGCGAAUUUGGGUGGACGUUAUCUUCACAGGUGCUGAAGGUUAUCGAGAAUUCGAAGCAGGAACUUGAUUAGUUUCUACAUUUGACGUUUUCGAGUUUGAAAUUUCGAGAAAUAUAUUUUCUUAUACAUGUACAAUUUGUCGUAAUGACUAAAAAUCAUCGUACGGACGCAUAUUUUUCUAAUGAAUUAUUUAGUUUUAUAUAUCAAUAUUUGUAUAUAAGUAGAAUAUAUAAUGUGAUAGAUCUAAUUGAUUUGAAUUUCGGUGAAUGGUGGUUACCGAUGAACGUUUUACUUGGAAGACGUAUUUUUGAUCUAAUUUAUACAAGAUAGUGGCCUUCGAAUGAAAACAAAUAAAUUUAUUAGAUUUUAAGAUUUUUUUUAAUGUGUUUUUACACUACUAAGACUGUAAACCCAAUUAUUUGUGUUAACUCGUAUUAAACUAUAUUAAUAUUACA